AUGGAUUUCACCCAAGAUAUUCCAAUUCAAGAAGCCACAGAGAUGUUAACCGUGUUGAUUGAACGAGAAUACUUGCCCAGAACAUCAGUAGACUGGCGACGCAGCGAGCUGCAUGGCACUCCAAAACACGAUGCCGAAGCAGCAAGACGAUUUGCGGAAGACAUGCAGACGACUUGGGUGGAAGCAGAAAGGAGCAUUGGCGUUGCACAAGAGCGGAUGUGGACGCAGGUGGACAAGUCUGAGUUGUGA